GUUGAACUUUGCCCACAGCAAUGUCGUCGGACUGUCCAUGUCGUGGCAAUGAUGCUGCCGAAGCCAGCACUGGCCAUUUUCGGACUCUGUCCACGCCCUGCGGCUUCUUGUUAUGCCAAAGAACGUGCGGGUAGAUCCCUCACAUGGUGUACUAGUUGCAUCGUCGGCCCCAUCCUGCGUUCAAGAGAAGUACGUACGGAUACGCAGAAUACUACUAUGACCACGUACUUGGACUUGGAAAAUACUGAGUUGGUACCUAGUGUGAGGAUGCAAAGUCGUGAAUUGAGCGAGGCGUCUGUCGCGUCUCAAACCGCCGCCCCCCUCCCCCUUCUUCUCCAAACAACUUGCCUUCAGCCGAUGUCUGCGACGGACCGGUGGAUCUCCUGUGGGGGCGCUGCCCCCUGAUUCCCCUUUGCUGUUCUCCGUCCCUUUCACUUCGUGCAACUGAAGUGCCUGGCCUGGCUGGCAAAAAGGUCCGCUUGACGACCAAUCUUGACGUUGACUUUCGGCCGGUGGUCGACGUGAGGUGCGACUCACAGGCCCCCCUGGCGGCGCGGCUUCUAACGUUCCGCGCCCUCGGCUUCUAUGAAUGGUGCCUUGGUCCUCACAUGUCAUCCUCAUGCCCAUCGUGACCACCAGGAAAGCUUCCGCGAAAAGUGGCAACGGCAGCGAGCGCCCGAGCACCUAGCCUGGGCACCUUGACCUCAUAAUACGGACUGCAAGGUAACUACUGGUAAGUGCAUGUGUUACUAUUACCAUCCAUCGAAGCUCUAGGUACCCCGGCCUACUUCGUACACAAGGCGCAGGCAAGCCGAGCCCUGGACCCAGGCAGGAUGCCAGGUCCCCCCAAUUUGCUUCGUGCGACGCAAUCUCCGCUCGCCGCAUGAAUAUCAUUCCAUGACGAGCCAGGAGUACCUCCUUGUGACAUUUCGUGAGCAACGCGCUUGUUCGGCGGGAGCGGUGAGUCCAGUGAAACCGCAAAUACAAGCGACUUGCCGCCCAGGAGAGCAUGAGCAUGCGUAUGAUGGACAUUGACAAUUCGUAUCACGUGAUCAUGUUGCUGUGCCAACAUCGUUUAGGCCUCUCCGUCUGGUCUCUGGCUUCUCCCCACGGCGACCAAACAAGGUCAACGCAACAUUCCUGCUCUGCGAAACUGGCCCAAAUUUGGCAGCAUCGCGGCUGCGUCACAUACUUACUGCCCGUUGUCGAGCGUCUAGCCCACCCACCGGGACCAACGACGGCUCACCGUUAUGGCCAGGCUCGUGGACUGCUACCCAUCCAGCGAAGAUGAGCUACCGCGACUAAACGUCCUCCUUGGCCGCACGAGUGCGCGCAAAUUGGCACCUAUGCCGCGAGCAACACCAAAGCCUCCUCCCAACAAUGGUCUUGUGCCCAGGACGGCGGCAACACCAUCUACACGGAGGGUUCGUCGCUUCAGAGACCAGCUGACUGAUGCCAAUCCUCUCUUUCUCCCUUGGAGCGGAAGCCAGGAGAGCGACUUAGCCCAUGACAUACGUGGUGCCUCUCAAGUGCCGCCUCAUUCAUCGCUGCAAGGCAAUCGCCAAAUGCCUGGGGCCGUAUUAUCGGGAGGACUCUCGUACGCCAUGCUUGAGGACUCGCCUCCGCCGACAGCACGAGCUUCUCGAACGAGGCGCCGCCUGGUUGCACGACUCCUGGAUAGUGAUGGAGAGGGUGGUUCGACCUGCGACACUCGCGACAACUCCACACUGCUGAACAAAGCUAGUCGAGCCCAAUAUGGUAUCAACCUCACGAAUCGCUCGUCACGCAGAUCGACUCCAGUGGCGGAGCUCGUGGACAGUGGAAAUGCAGCAAGCGUGACAUUCGAUCCAGCAUCGACCGAGUCGCUAUCACCGUACGCCCAGAAGGCGGACCCCGACAGUGUUGCCAACGAUGAGGAGCCCAGCAUUUAUGAGACCGCGGUUGAGGAUUCACACAGCGAAAGCGAAAGCUCAGAUUCGGACUUCGAGCUCAGCGAUUCUUCCGAAGAUGUCUUUGCAAGCCCUCUUGCGCAAGGGUUACCUCCCAUUGCCCGGACAAGGAGGGUUCGACAAGCAAAAACACAGGAAAAUGGGCCACGCAGUGUGUUGAACGCUCGAAGUCCAAACAUGCGAAACCUGAAAUCCAUCGCUGCAGGCCCCCCUUCUGUAAAAGGAAAGAUGAGCAGCCCCGACAUACAGGCAGAAGUUCGACAGCCACGAGCAGCCAGCAUCAGGCGCAGUACAGCCUCGCAUGAGUCGGUAUUGACUCGUGACUUGGACGCUCUACGUACCGACUUCAGCGGGUUCUCAGAUAACGACGAGGAAGCACAUUCCGACAGCGACGAUGCACAUGUGCCACGACCCAGAACACCAUGCAGAGAAGUCCAGUCCAAGGGUCUCGUAUCCCCUCGGAAGCGAGACGCCAUCCCCAAAACGCCGCAUCGACCCAGCGUGGAUGCGUUCUGGAACAAGGAGCUGGUUGAUGGCUGGAACGAGCAACACUCACCACAAAAAGCACCGAACCUGCGUCUAGCCCCUAGCCCAGCUAAAGAGAGGCGCGAGAAAGCAGCGGAGAAGAAGUCCUUUGACGCACGCAAGGUCGCCCUGGCCGAGGACUUUCUUCGACAACUCAACGAGAAAAUCGCCGACGGAAAGAUUUCGGAGCUCGCAAAGCCAACUGGGGGUGUCAAACUCAUUUGGACAAAGACUCUGAAUACCACGGCUGGGAGGGCCAAUUGGAAACGAGAGACGAUCCGUACGAAGCAGACGGACGGCACCAUUAUUGCAGUCAACCAUAUGCAUCACGCGUCCAUUGAGUUGGCCGAAAAGGUUAUUGACGACGACCAUAAGUUGCUGAACGUGUUGGCGCACGAAUUCUGUCACUUGGCCAACUUCAUGAUCACAGGCAUCACAAACAACCCACAUGGCAAAGAGUUUAAGACAUGGGCGGCUAAAUGUUCUCGGGCUUUUGGGGAGUCCCACGGGAUUCAAGUGACCACGAAGCACACCUACGACAUUGACUUCAAAUACACGUGGCAGUGCUCGACGUGCGGAUCCGAGUACAAACGCCAUUCCAGGAGCAUUGAUCCUCAGCGUCACAAGUGUGGGGGCUGCAAAGGCACACUCAUCCAGACGAAACCAUGCCCAAGGAAGACGAACGCGGGAAGCGGCCAAGGCGGGAAGCCCACUGAAUACCAGACGUUCGUCAAAGAACAGAUGAGGAUUGUCAAGGCGGAAAACCCCAGCCGUCCUCAAAAAGAUGUAAUGCGUAUCGUGGCGAACAAGUGGGCAAAGACGAGAGGGAAGAAAUCGAUGGCCACCGACAACGCGGUCGAGCCGAGUGAGGUUGACCUCGUCACGGCACAGAUGGUGGAUCUCACGGUAGACAACGAGGGAAAAGACAGGACCUGACCGGCAUGUUAUCUGUCCCUGCCAUUCACUCCAUCAGGCGCGGGCAAAUACCUUGACUCGCUAAGCAUGAUGCAUUGGCCGGCGUUGCUUGGGAAUCUCGGUGCACGAUUCGUUUUGUCGCUAUAGUAAUGGCCGAGGGCGUCCACGGUGCCUUGUUUGAGAGAUAAAGAGUCUAACACAAGCCCGAAAAGGGUGGAUGGCGCUCUACUUGAGCAACUCCU